CGGUCCACGAAUGCUACCCGCUAACGGCCGCCGUUUCUUCUACGCAUGCGCCACAGAUCCUGCGCGUGCGCUUUGGGCGGAAUGUGCUGCCGCCCGGCUGUUAGUACCCAGGGGUGUGGAGCUGCCGCCCAGCAGAGAUGUUAUCAUAAAGCUCCUUGCACGGCCUUCUAGCACAUCAUGAAGAUCCUGAAGCGUCCUCUCUCCAGAGUGCAUUCUCCAUCUUUUAUCCAACUCGUCAGAGCACAAGGAAGUCACCUGAAUAUGAAUGAUAACAAGUGGACUCCUUGAAGACUCUACAGGACUUAAUGGCUAAGUUGGAAAUAGGGUGAAAUAUUGGACCAGCCAGAAAUGUGCCCACGUUGAUCUUGUUGGAAUCCAAAGUGUGCAGACUGCAGGGAUGGUGCAUAAGGCAAAAUGAUGACUAGGUCAUCGCAGGAAGCAGACCUGCGCUGACCCUGCUGCCAAGUCCAGUACUCCCACAUGCCCCAUCACACUGAAGCCGAGCCGAGUGCUUUGAGGCUGGAAGCCUGAUGGAGGAGUUGGACAAUGAUUUUAAAGAACUCUGUGCUAACCUCUUGAGCAGGGUGAAGAAAAAGGCUGGAGAUGCUGAGGGAGGGAGGAAGGUUCAGAGCAGGACGAGGAGCACUGCCACAAAAAGCCAACUGAAAAAGAGCAAGUCAGCUGCUAAAAGCAAAAGCCAACCUGGGUCUUCUAUUGGAAAGGGUGUGGGGUGUCCAGGGCCCACCACCCCCAAUGGGCAGGCAUUGGGGCAUGAACCAGAAGGGGAAGCCACAGCGUGUGGAAAUGCUGGGCCUCCAUUGGGUGAUGGAAAUGGAGACCCUCCUUCUGUCACUCAGUUGCAUGCAAUGGCACCAAAGUGUAAGCAGAACAGCUUGGCAGGCAGUGACCUGCGGACCUGCUCCCAAACAGCAUCAUCCUUCACUGCAGCUGCAGAACCAGCAACCUCUACCUCAUCCCCUGCAAAGACGCUCCAGAUCUCAGGAACCAGGCUGCGGGUAGCAGAGCUGGUGCUGGAGAGGAUGCAGCAGUUUAAGAGAGUGGGACCAAAACAGCUGAAACACACCUUGGGCAGCAAUUUACCAGAGACAAUAACAGAUGGAAACAUUCUUAAUGCGAACCAAGAGAAGAACCAGCUGGGGAACGUGACUCUGGAUCUGCCUGUGAACGAGCCAGAUGUUGCUCUGUCAGUGGCCCUCCAAGGGGAGCUCAAAGAAGUAGCACCUGGAAGUUUGGAAGAGGCAGGUUUAUUUUUUUGUCAGCUCUGUCAGAAGGACCUCUCAGCCAUGAACACAACACGACGGGAGCAGCAUGUUAACAGGUGUCUGGAUGAGAUGGAGAAGUCACAGGUGCCCUCUUCCAGCAACCCCCCGAUUCCUGAGUGCCCCAUCUGUGGGAAGCAGUUCCACACGCCCAAAAGCCGAGCCAGUCACUUGAAACGCUGCGCUGUCAAGAUGGAGGUCCCUCCACAGUUGCUUCUCCAGGCAGUGCAGUCCCAGGCACUGGCUGUGAGUGAGGGCCCCCCUGUAGCACCCAGCAACCAGCUCAGCAGGUCAAAGCGAAAAGGCUCCUCCAAAGAGAAGGAGUCAAAGAAAAAGCGGAAGACCUCUAAGGUGGAGACCACUGAUGAGGAUCUUCUGGUUGCCAUGGCAAUGUCACGAUCUCUGCUGGAACAAACAAGGCAGGAGCAAGCCAAGUCGGUAACAAGCAUUAAACUGGAGAGUCCAUUGCCAAUUAAGUGGAAGCCUGGAGCAGAGAAAAAAAGGCGUAAAAACGCCCUCCUCCCUCCUCCUCCGUUGUUACUUCAGGAUCCAGAGACAGCCCAGAAACAGAUCCAAAACCGGAUGGCCAUGUUACUAACAGAGGAGGUGGCAUUCCCUAGCACCCCUCCACUCCCUGCCAGCAGGAUAUUGGAGGAUGGGCCUGGGAAGACCGCCUGGCUUUUAUCUUUGCCUAAAGACCAGCGUUCCACUUUAUGGGAGUGCAGUACUUUGACAGGACCCUGUGUCCCAGAGUCCUUCUAUGCAGUGGGAUUAACCCCUCAUAUUUUACCUUGGAAACCUGUGCAGAGUCAUACAUCAGGGACUCUUUUGCCAUCCGUGGGAUCUGACCAAUCACAAUUAUCUCAAGAGCGACAGACCAGCAGCGACCAUCCUGAUCCUCGUUCCAUAGGGCUUGGAAACAGAACUUCUGAUAAUCCCCAGGCAGGUCCUGAUGGAGAGCAACAGAUUCUUUCUGGCAGCCAGAAGGAUGUUCAGACUCUGCAGGACCUGGUGGAGCUGGCCGGGGAAGGACUUACUCUCACGCAAUGGAACUUGGACAUGGACCACACCAGGGGAGUGAAGCAAUGGAGGGGAGAAUCCGUGUCCAGCGACAUUCCACUGAGUGGCUUCGUCCCUCCGGCCAAGGAGAAGAGGUGCCAGGGCGGCAGCCUUGACACAUCCUCACUCAGGUCGCUGGCUGUGGAUUUCAGCGGAAUGGUCAACAACCCCCACCUAAGUGACGUGCAGUUCCAGGUGGACAGUGGGGAAGUCCUGUAUGCCCAUAUGUUUGUGCUUUAUGCACGGUGUCCACGGCUGACUGAAGUUGUUCACAGUGAAGGGUUCUUGGUGGAAGAGGAUGAGGAUGGGAAGACCCGUCGAGUGCUGCUGAGUGAAGUGACAGUUGAGGCAGCCCGGGCGUUUCUGCAGUACCUCUAUGCAGCUGAGACCACUGUCUCAUCCCAGGCGCUCUCUGAUGUGAGAGCUCUCGCUAUCAGGUUUGGGGUGAGUGAACUGAUCACUGUUUGUGGGAACAGCCCUGGGGAGAAGCAAGAGCAAGCUGGGGUGGACUCAGGAGAUGAUCUUUUCUCUGUGGAGGAAGAAGAGAAUUGUGAGAACAGAGCUGAGAACUUCCAGGAGCUCUUGAGGUCAAUGUGGGUAGAUGAAGAUGAGGAAGAUGUAGCUUUGCUAAAACCUAAAGACCAGGAAGACGACAAUGAGAAAGUGGCUGAGCAGGAACUGGAGGAAAUUUAUGAGUUUGUUGCCACUCAGCGAAAGAUUGUUCAAGGUGAAACAGAGAUGGAAGAAGGCUCAGGCAGCAGCACUGACAGUGAAACAGAGGAGGCCCAAAAUCUGAACCAACAGACUGAGAAUAAAGAGGUGAAGGUGUCUGAAUCUCCUUCAAUGAGGAGCAAAGUUAAAGAAUGGAAUGAGAAUUUUGACUUGGGAAGAUCCAGCUGUGAAUCACCUGGGCAGAAAAAAAAAAUCCCAGGUUUAAAUAGGAGUGGGACUACGAGUGUUACACAAAUCACUUCUGUGCAUUUGUUGGAUAAGCCUGGUGAGUCUAGUGAUGAUGUGGCUUCCCCUGGUGCAGCCUCUGAUGAAAGAGAAGCCUCUAAGAGAAUGUCCAAAGUUGUGACUGUUUCUAGAUCAUCUCAGGUUUCACAAGAUAAAGAAGAGGAUGGUGUCUGGGAAAAACUGUUCCUUAGCUGUCGACAAAAUGGUGCUGACCUCAAUAAAAAUGAGCUUUCCACAAUCCAACAGGAACAUAAUGACCCUGCGCCACUAAAUAAAGACCACAGAGAGUCAGGAGAGAUUACGAUUUUAACACAUAUUGAGGAAAAUAAUUCACCUGUUCACCGUCAGUCACAGAAAGACAUCCUGUCAGUUAGGAGUGAGUUGUGUAGCAGUCCUCUUAUGAAUCCUUGCACACUGGUUCUGCCAGCUGUUGGUUCAUCACCUGUGUCUCCAAAAUCAAAUAGGACAUUUUCCAGAGUAUCCACAGAAAUGUCUCCUGUAGCUGCAUCAAAGCGAAAUAAAAAUAAAAGACUUUUUCAGUCUGAUUGUGAAUCCUGCCAAAAAGCCAACGAACAGGCUGAUUCUUCAGAACUGGAGAAGAUCAGGAACGUGCUUUCUCCAGCAAAGUCUCCCCACGUUGAUUUUAAGAAGCAAAAACCUGUCCCAACAUGCUCAUCAUUGGGCCUGACCUCUCAAAAUGCUGCUUCUCAUGUGAACCAAGAGGCUGAUGUUAUUCUGUUGCUGGAUUCUGAUGAAGAAAUGGAGUUAAAACAAAUGCAGGAGAAAGCAGGUUCUGACUUUUCCCAGAGGGAAAUGGAAAUCUCCAGGCAAUUAGAUGUUAAUUGUAAGAAUGUGGAGCAUGAGGUACCAAAAUCAGGACCCUUCUCAGUUGCUGACAUUGAAAUAUGCCGGAGCCCGUUUCAAAUGUCACUAGGAAGUCAAGAUGAGGUGCCCACUGAGAAUGCUGCAAAGCUUUCAGAAGAGGGGCCUCUUAAUAACCAGGGAAGGACCUGUAUUGAUAGCAGACUGAAUCUGAGCCAUGAAGAGAGUUCUAGUGUGGACACCUCGUGGUUGGUGCCAGACACACCUCUUCUUACCAGAAGCAGGAACUGCUCAACUCAGACCCAGACAACAAGUUUUUGUUGUUUGAGGAGUCAAGGGUCUCAGCACAGGACUAAAGCUUUUUUGGUAAAUAAUAGUGACAAUAAACGAGCUGGGGAACCUAUGAAGAUUCCAGAGAUCACUUCAGAUCUGUUACUGGCAACAUCAUCACAAAAACAUUUGCAUCCAGAGAACUCUUCAGGCAGCAAAAAAUCCUCUCCUGACAGCCCGUUAGGUCGUUCUUGGAAGGCUUCUGUGCAAGUUUCUCCUGUGUCUCCAGCUCCACUCUCACCUGCCUGUGUCCGUGUGAAAGAGAAGUCUUCAGAAAGCCUGUCUUCGCCCAAGCGAGGUCUUCCAUUCCUGGAGCUGCCACUGGAGAAUAAAACCGACGUCAGUGUGGUUGAGGUAGAGGACAGUGAGGAAGAGAAGGAAGUGGUUCCGCUUCAUUCGAGUGGCAGCUUCCUGCUGGGUGAUGAACCCCCACUCCCAGUUGAUGAUGAAUGCUGGAGUGUCAAGCAUCUGUCGCCACUCAAAGAUAACGGUGAGGUGCUUGAAAGACUGGAUUAUGCAAAUACCAGCAGUCCCAUCCGUGGAAAACGUGACUCUCAGCAGCUCCAGUGGAAGAGCCCCGCCAGAGCCCUGGAAAUGACAGGUAGCACUCCUCUUCGAGGAAAUGCUAUUGACCAUAGAAAGACUUUGUUUGGUCAUGAAGAGACUCCGGUUGAGGCACAUCCUUCAGUGGUCAGUAGGCCAAGUUUUCUAAACUCAAAAGUCUGGGAGGACUGGGACAAAGAUGAACUCCCAGAGGUUCUUCCUCUCACACAGAGAGUGUCUGUUGCAGCAGCUGCCCAGAGUAUCCAGCCCCUAAAGACUCCCGAGGCUCCUUAUCACAAGAGAAACCACCCCCCUAGAGUUCCCAUAACACCCAUCCCAGCUUAUUCCAUCAUGGAGACCCCAGAGCUGAAGAAGCAACUGAACAGAUUUGGAGUCCGUCCUCUCCCAAAACGACAGAUGGUGUUAAAGCUGAAGGAGAUAUUCCAGUACACUCAUCAGAUCGUGUCCUCUGACUCGGAGGAUGAGAUCCCAUCCUCCCAGCCACCCCGACGGAAGACCUCUGCCAAGCUCCCCAGCCAGCCCCAGGCAGACUUGAUUGAACGGAGUGAAGAGAGUUCCAAAGCCCCCCGUGUAGGGUGCAAGCAGAAGCAGGGGGGUUCGGUCCCUUUCUUGCCAGUUCUGGGCAGUGGUGAUGCUGACAGCUCAGAGGGCCCCCCUACAGCAGGUUACCUGAGGACUAAGAAAAGAGAUGAAACUAAAGGCCACCCAGGAGGAGCCAGAGGGCUAAAGGGAGCUACUUUGUCUCCAGCUACAUCUCCAGUGAAAGAGUCUCUGGUGGGAGGUGCUGAUGGGCAGAUGCUGUCAGCAUCUCAGGAGUCUGCAGCUUCUUCUGUGGCUGGAAGUGACAACUCCUUUGGAUCACAGAGCUCUUCUUCCAAUGAGUUUGAGACCAAUGCCCUUACAUCUGAAGAGGACGAGGGGAUCCCAGCCUCUCAGGCUGCAGCCCGAGAGGCAGAUACGCUGGAGGCAGUGAGACGUUACAUCCAUUCCAACCCAGCCCUGUACCAGAAGAUCCUUUUUUACCAGCCCUUUGAACUGACAGGGCUGCAGGCAGAGCUGAAGCAGAAUGGCAUUAAGAUUUCCCUGGGAAAACUGCUGGACUUCUUGGACGCUCACUGCAUCACCUUUACCACGGCCGGGGCACGGAAAGAGAAGCAGCAGCAACAGGGGGGCAAGAAAAAGAGAUGCAAGCGAUUCUGACUGGAGCCUCCUCUCUUUCGCCUGCCGCCUUGGUGCAUUUGCACAUCCCCACUUCUGACUUGGAAACUCUUCCCAUUAUUCCCAAUGUUAGAGCUUCUUCACCUCUUCUGUUUUGUUACCAACCAUUCUUCCUGCCGUGGUAGAAUUUGCACACGCAUGCUUAUGCUGCUGGCGAUUCAGUAACUUAGGACAUUGCUGCCCCUUGUGGUCAGUUGCACAGAUGGCUUGGAACAUCUGUUCCCCAUCACUCUGCUGUAAAGCAGCAGAGAC